CGAACCAGAAUAAGGGUUGCAGUGAAAAUGCCCCUAAAUUUUAAUGUGGACAUUGAAAUUAACCCUAGUGGGCUAGAGGAAGAAGAAGGUCUUUGGUCAAUGCAUUAUCGAGGAGUCCUGAAAUUGUUUGCGAAUUAACCUUGAAUUCGCUCUGUAGUCGCUUAGCUCGCGAGCUUGAACCCAAACUCACUUCCUCCUGGACGAAUUAGGUAUCGUAGUUUUGAUGCAACACUUGAUGCGACAAACUUGAUAUUUCUCCCAAGGAUUUGUAGAAAUGCGCUGAGGAUUUCACCGACGUAUAAAUGUAUUUGCUUUUCAGAAGCUUCAGGGAUUACAAGCGGGAAACGAUGUGUUGAGAUGGGGUAUGGCACCUCCCCGAGCCACUGAUCCUGGUUGGGCACAUGGUAUAAUGGUGAAUGGAGGUCGGCAAAAGAUUAAGUGUAAAUACUGUCACAAAGUUAUUCUUGGUGGUGGAAUUUCAAGACUAAAGCAACAUUUAGCUGGGGAAAGGGGGAAUGUUGCUCCAUGUGAAGAAGUACCUGAGGAGGUUAAAGUGGAAAUCCAACAACAUUUAGGUUUUAAAGUUUUGGAAAAGCUAAAGCGGCAGAAAGGAAUUAAGAGUGGCAAAAGCUCAGCUUCCCACUUUCAGAAUAGAGAAGAAGAUGUUGAUGGUGUGCAGCAGAACCUUAAGACAGCUUCCAUUCGAGGCACUCAUGGGAUGAGAAGGGGAAAAGAGGUUUCUGAAGGAAUCUCAAGUAGUGCAAAGAGACAGAAGAAACAAAAUUGUCUAACUGCUGUGCCUAUUGCUCAGCCUCAUGUAAACCAGAAUUUCACAUCCCAAGAGAGCAUAGAUCGUGCAGAUAUGGCGGUUGCAAGAUUUAUUUAUGAUGCUGGUGUAUCAUUUAGUGUAGCUAAUUCAUAUUAUUUCCAACAAAUGGCUGAUGCCAUUGCCGCUGUAGGCCCUGGUUAUAAGAUGCCAUCUUACCAGUCUUUGAGGGGAAACUUAUUGAGAAGAAGUGUUCAAGAUGCAGGGGAACUAUGUGAAGAACUUAGAAAAUCUUGGGAGUUGACUGGGUGUACAGUCAUGGUUGAUAGAUGGAAAGAUGGUACUGGUCGUACAGUUAUAAAUUUUUUUGCUUACUGUCCAAAGGGUACUGCAUUCCUCAAAUCUGUCGAUGCAUCAGACAUUACGAAAUCUUCUGAGGAACUUUUCAAUUUAUUUGACAGCAUUGUUCAGGAGGUAGGGCAUAAAAAUAUUGUCAACUUUGUGACGGAUACUGCACCCAGUUACAAAGCAGCCGGAAAACUCUUGAUGAACAAGUACAAAACCUUUUUCUGGAGUGCCUGUGGAGUACAUUGUAUUGAUUUAAUGCUUGAAUACAUUGGAAAACUGGAUGAAAUGAAGGAUGUACAUGAAAAGGCCAAACAAGUAACUCAGUUCAUAUAUAACCAUACUUGGGUCCUGAAUUUGAUGAAGAGUAAAUCAGGUGGAAGAGAUAUUAUUCAGCUUGCUACAACAAGGUAUGCAUCCAACUUCUUGACGCUGCAAAGUAUUGCAUCUUUAAAGGAUGCUCUCCAUCAGAUGUUUACCUGUUCCACUUGGAUGCAGUCAAGCUAUUCUAAGCAAAAGGCGGGGCUUGAGGUGGCAGAGAUUGUAGUGGACCCACUUUUCUGGUCAUUGUGCAACAGAGCUCUGAAGGUCACAAAACCCCUGCUUAAUGUUUUGAACCUUUUUGACUCUGAAGAGAGACCAUCUAUGGGAUAUAUUUAUGAUGCUGUGGAAAAAGCGAAGAAAAGCAUCAUUUUGACUUUUAACAAUAAGGAGUCUGAUUACUUACCAUAUUUGAAGGUUAUUGAUCGUAUCUGGCAAGAGGAAUUCCAUAGUCCACUUCAUGCUGCUGCUUGUUUUCUUAACCCAUCCAUCUUCUAUAAUCCUAGCUUUACCACUAACAAGGUCAUUCAGAAGGGUUUACUUGACUGCAUUGAGACCUUGGAGCCCAACUUAACUGCCCAGGUUAUGAUUACAAGCCACAUAAAUUUCUAUGAGAAUGCUGUAGGGGAUUUUAGUCGACCUGUGGCACUACGUGGCCGAGAGUCAUUGCCCCCAGCUACUUGGUGGUCACUAUAUGCAGCUGAUUAUCCUGAUCUUCAACGGUUGGCUGUUAGGGUUCUAAGUCAAACCUGCAGCAUUGUCCAGUGUGAAAGAAAUUGGAGCAUGUUUGAACGCAUCCAUUUGAAGAGGAGGAACCGCUUGGAGCACCAGAGGCUGAAUGAUCUCAUAUUUGUGCACUAUAACUUGCAUCUUGAGGAGAGGCGAUCAGAAUCAAGUAGGGCCAGGCGUUUGAGAGGUUCAAAUGACCCAAUAUGCAUAGAAGCCAUAAAUGCCAAUGUGGGAGAUUGGGUGGAGGAUGGAGGAGCCGUUGAAGGUGAGGACCUUAGCUGGAUGGAUGUAACUGUGCCAUCUGAUAGGACUUCUGUGAGUUCCAAAUUGCAGGACACCAAUGAUUGUAAUUAUAGUGCAGAUGAUAGGGGCAGUGAUUACAUUAAAGGCAUAGAUGGAAGUGAUGAUUUAUAGUAUGCUAUAAAAUUAUAUUUUUAUCAGUGCAAA